GCCUGGGACUAGAAAGAGGCGCCGCUAGUGCAGAGCGCUUUCUUUCCAUGUUUUUUUUUUCCUCUUCUUUCGAAGUCCCUGCUGCUCGCCCUGUGGUUGUGUCGAGACCAGGUCCUCUAGCAGUUUCAGACCGAUGUUUGGGACCAGUUGUUUCAUUUCCUGUGUGUGGUGAUUCAUUCCUGGAGCUUAUGUGGAUAAAGAACGCCAGGACAAAGCUGCAGAGAGUUCCUACGCUAUCACAUGGCCACUUCAUGGAGUCUACUUUGUGUUUUUAGCACAGGACACCAAAUCAAAUAGUGAAGAAUAAGAGUGUUACAGUGUUAUUGUGAGUUUAGAGUGGCGCAAUGCCAGCCACAAGAAAGAGCAGCAGUGCAAAUCUUGAUUACUAUGAGGUGUUGGGCAUAGAGGUGUCUGCCACUGAGCAAGAGAUUAAAAAAGCUUAUAGGCGGCUAGCUCUGAAAUGGCAUCCCGACAAGAACCCAGAAAACAAAGAUGAAGCAAAGAGGAAAUUUCAAGAAAUCUCUGAAGCUUAUGAUGUCCUUUCAGAUAAACAAAAAAGAGAUGUUUAUGACCGCUACGGCAAAGAUGGCAUACGUCAUAGAGGUGAUGAAGAUUUCAACUUUGACCCGUCAGGAUUCGGAAAUUUCCACUUCCAAUUUAGAAGUCCAGAGGAAAUUUUCAGAGAAUUCUUCGGCACAGAUGAUCCUUUUGCUAGCUUCUUUGGUGUUGCGCGGCGAAAUGGCAACACAUUUGAAUCAUCUUUUCCAGGGUUCCCUCAUGGGAACAGUUUUGCAUCCUCCUUCUUCUCCUCACAAGAUCCAUUUGCCAGCUCAGGUUUCGGCCGACCAAUGAGACGACGGAGAGGGGAGCACAGCCGCGGUAGACUAAGCGGACUUCACAUGCAUCACACUCAUCACCCUUUCCUGGCCUUCUCCCCGCGUGUCCACUUUGGCUUUCCCAUGAUGUCCGUGAUGUCUGAUCCAUUCUUUGGAUUUUCUGGAGCCACAACUGCUGGGAUAUCACAUUUCUCAAGCACAAGUUUUGGAGGUCCAACAAUAGGUGGCAACUUCCGCUCUACUUCCACUUCAACAAAGAUAGUCAAUGGGAAGCGUAUUGUCACUAAAAAAGUUGUCGAGAACGGUCAGGAGACUGUGAUGAUAGAAGAGGAUGGGGUGCUAAAGUCCAAGAGUAUCAAUGGAGUACCCCAGGCUCUAGAUGGUCCCACAUCGAAACCUAGCAUUAGAGCCUGAGGUUAGUGUAGGAACCAAAACUUUGUUUGCUGUUGUCCUUGUAGUCAAUCUUCGGUUUGGUUUUGACCAUCAACUUAUCAUUUGGUCAGGACAUGCUGUUCAUAUUUGUUUUCAUUACAGAAAGAGAAUGGAAUAAAAUGUGCUUAUCUACAAUUGGUCUUUUAAAUUGAACAUUGUUGAAAGUCCUAAUUUGUUGGUUAUACUUUAAAAAAAAAAACAACUAAAAAAAAAAUAAUUCUGGACUUUCUCUUAGCCAGUGGAAAUGAAUUCUUAGUAAUUCAUAUCCCUGCAGUCCAACAGUAUUUAGUAAUUGUCUUUUUUUUUUUUUGGAUGGUUCAUUAUUUAUGACAAAUUAAUUCUUUGUUUCUUUGUGUUUGCAAGUAUUGCAGCCAACUAUAUCAUUUGGACUAAGGUGAUUGGAGCUGUUUCAUAUCAUGUUAUACAUUUUUACUCCUAUACAUGUCAAUCUAUGCGUCUAAAUGUUGUCAUUGAUUUCUGCAUAUGUUUAAAAACACAUUAUUAUUUGCCAUAAGAGAGCUUUGAAAUUUAAUUUGUUACUGGGAGAAAAAAAAACAUUUUGACAGUAAUAAUUAAAAUAACCUUUCAUAAUUUUUUUCUUUUCAAUUUAUAAAGUCAUUUCAAUUAAAAUUGAUUUUCAUCUUCUUUAAGUUUUUAGCUAUUACAAAAAAAUCUUAUCUGAAAUCAAACUUGAAUUUGAAUUGACCCCAUAUCAGUUGUCUGCAUAAACCAAUUGGAGAAUGUGUAUGUGUUUCUGUGAGAACAGAAGUAACUGACCAAUUGAGCGCUUGUCUUUGUGUGAAUGUGUAUACUAUUUAAUCCCAAGUGUCUGGCUAUGUAAGAACAAGAUGAAAAGAGUGAGUGAGAGAGAGAAUGUUUGACAUAUAUAUAAAUAUAACUACUCAGCAUCCAUGCGUUCAAACUUGUAUCUAUUAACUGUGGAUUGAAACUAUAAUGUAGCUCUUGUAUUUUAGAAUGCUUGGCUCUAUAGUUGUUUAGUAACCAUAUUGUGAUUUCCAUAGAAAGCUGUAUUACCAUCACCAUGUCACUGUCCAAUCAACAAUAUUACAAAGUGCAGGUUAUGCUGUUCAGCCUUGUAUUCAUUCAACAUGUCUUUUGUUUAGUGCUUCAUGAUUAUACACACACACACACAGACAAAUAGCGUUUUUGGGUUUAAUGCAAUGUUUAUUUCAACUACUAUGGUGACAGUAUUUUCUAUGAUUCUGGCUUUGUGGAAGGCAUAAGUCUCUUACUGUACUGGAAAUGUGGCGCCUGUAUCUAUGUCUUUGCCUGUUGUAUGUACAGAUGUACCAGCAGCUCUCAAAUUUGUACUUUAGGACUACACACAUGCAUUACUUCAAGGUAUUCAAUAAAUGAUUUAUUGCAUU